UCUGCAGGGAGGGCGCAGGGGACUAGCAUUCAUGGAGAAGGCAGUGGAAUUGCCGCACGCGUGAUGAGCAUGGAUGCACCAAAAGCGCUAAGCCUCUCCAAGUUGCCUUACACUUGCCCUUUGGAACACAUUCGUGUUGACACCUUGCGCAAGGCCCGGCCAUGCCCUUGGCUUUGCUUGAAGCCUAUGCAGCCUUGCGUGUGCCAGGAUCUUGAGCUGGUUUUCCCACGAUACAACCUCAAGGCAGAUGCGGUGAUCACUGACUUUGAGGGAUGGAGAUCCUUGCCCUACUUGGCACGGAUGAAGCGGCUCCUCGUGAGCUCCACGCGCUACAUCGCUUACUCCAGUGACGUUGGGGAAUCCCUGCGGCCGGUGUUGAGGCUUUGGCAGGUAAACUUCACCUAUGGCAUUGCGGGGCUGUAUGUGCUAGGUGAGACUGUCAUGGCUGGAUAUAAACAACGUGAGAGCGGUGGCAACGAGGUGGCUGCUGCUUGCGCACACAGCUUCCUUUUCCAGAUGUUGGCAUCGUUGGCCUUGCCAGCCGUGAUCAUCCACACGGUGGUGCACCAGGUGCAGCAUGCCUUGGAGCGCCCACGGCUGGUGUCAUACCCGAAGCUCAUGAGGUAUGGCCCCAGCUGCAUUGGCCUUGGCCUGGUGCCUUUCAUGCCAUUGCUGGAUCCGCCUUGCGAGUGGGUGGUCGACUAUCUUUUUGAGUGGUGGUAUCCAGAUCGGAAGGCUUAGCUGCCACUUCGGCGGGUGGCACAAACCUCAGAAGGAUUCGGAAGGACCGAGGGGUGAAAGAUGGUGAAACCCUCAACCACCCGGUCCAGCCACUGCAUGGGCGGUGGUGAAUUGGUCAAUUCUUUGGUGUCAAUAUGACCAUGCACAGAAGGCCCUAGAAGGCCUGAAUUGAAUGCUUUUGCAUGGGCUUGGCGAGGCAGGUGGGCUUUUGAGUGUCCGGACACACCGCCCGCGUGCGCAGAGUGUUGCUUCUCCAAUACUUGCGACCUUGGCAUGACACCCGGACUGGCCCAAAGAAAUGUUGUCCACGGCCUGCCCAAGAAGGGCACGGUAAGUCCAGAGCUGCUGAGAGGGGACACCAGGGACCGUGCACCAGUUGAAUGAGUGAUUGAUCAUAAGUCCUGGGACUUUGCCCUGGAACCAUUCCCUUUUUGGGGACAUCAAGGACACUGAAUGUUGCAACCUUUUGCCACCUUUUGAUGUCAGUGCGCUCCGACCAACCAAUUGGACCUCGUGUCCGAGCAUCUGAUCCCCCAAAAAGCAGCUCAGCCUUGUACAGCAGCCACUUCCGUACAGGUGGGCUCGAGGUGCAAUGAGAAGUCAUCCCUGUGCUGGGUCGACCACUUGAACUGAUGCUCGAU